CUGGCUGGCGACGACAAUAACAAGCGAUGUUGUCUGCGUCUUCGUGGACUUUGCGGUGCCUACACAGUACUUCCAAAGUCACCUUCGGGCAGAUGCUGACUCUCGGACUCAGGUGUAUUUCAAGUCGGCUAAAUGCCACCGGCUUCACGCCGUUUUCAGCCGUUGUCCCAAGUAGGCAGCUGAGAACUAUCCACGCCGGUCCCGCCUAUUUAUCCUCGAAAUCAUGACGAUUCUCAUUUUCUUGUGCUUGGAAAUAUACUUGCAUGCCUACUGCUUCAAAUAGUAUUGCGACAGCACAUUUACACACGUACUUGCAUUCCAAACUGCCUUGAAACCGUCUUGACACUAGCGUCACUCUAGAUUUUGCAGUCACGAAGGAAAACACCCAUCCGCACACCAUCAUGGGUCGCACAAUUGUUAUCACAGGUGCAAAUCGAGGCUUGGGCUAUGAGCUUGCGAGGCAGCUGUCGGAGUCGGCCGUCGUCAUCGGCACGGCCAGAAAUCCAUCUAACGCCCAGAAGUUACGAGAGUUGAAGAACGUCCAUGUCGUGGGUAUGGACGUGGCGUCAGAGGAAUCGAUCAAAGCUGCGGCGGAGGAGAUAAAGAAGCUCGCUCCAGACGGCAUCAACGAACUCUGGAACAAUGCCGCUCGCAAUGGAGUCAAGGGUCCUGUGACUGAGGAGAUUGACCCCAAAGAGUGGUUAGCAGAGUUUCAAACGAACGUGAUCGGACAGUCAAUCGUGACUCGUCUUUUGCUGCCGCUGUUACGGAAAAGUCAGAACGCAAAGGUGAUCUUUAUGUCUUCUGGUUGCGGUUCUGUCACCGAAAGAACUGGUGACGACACACUGGUCGUGUAUAGUUGCACGAAAGCAGCGCUCGAUAUGACUGUCAAGUACUGGCACACAGCACUGAAGAAGGAGAAUAUUGCAGUGACCGCGAUGGAUCCUGGAUGGGUACUGACUGACAUGGGUGGCCCAGAGGCGCAGAUCGAGCCGGAAGUUUCGAUAAAGGGUAUGAUCAAGGUCGUUGAGGAGCUGAAGCCUUCGUCUGAGCCAAAAUUGCGAACAUACGAUGGUUCAGUUCAUGCAUGGUAGUAGGCUAGGCCAUAAUAUUCGAGUAUCCACAUUGACAGACGAUUUUCUUAUCAUUCUGAGAUCGUCUGUCAAAUCCCUCGAAGCUAUAGUACCUGUACGCUGAAAUGUGGAGGAAACCACAGUUUCGCCAUGAACGAAGUUAGAAGAUGGAAACCCGCAAUGACAUUCAAUACUGUUCUGCC